AUGGGUGACAACUAUGAAGGUAUGAGCAUUGAACAACUAAAACUGGAGUUAUUGGAAGAAGUCCAUAAGAAAGACUUAGUAAAACUCUCAAUAAAUGAACUAACAUACAAGAUAGCAGAACAGAAAGCCAACUUCAUUAAAAACAAUGAAUGGAAAAUUCGUUAUGAGAUACAACUUGAAAUGAAUGAUCAUCUGAAAGAGCAAAUAGUUACUCUGAAAGAGAAACUGGGAAAACUCAGUGCAGAGCCUUCAGAUAUACAAGGUACUAUUCAGGUCUACAAGCAAUUGCCAAUGAAAUAUUUAGUGACAUUACUUAGAAAGCUACUCCAAGAGAAAAGGCGUCUUGAAAAUCAAGUGAAAUACUAUUCACGUAAAGUGGAACAAGAAUCGAGGGCUUGCAGAAAGAUAAAAAAUGAACGCCAAAAACUCCUCGAUGACCUAUUUCAGGCCUUUCGCUUAUAUGAAAUGUCUAAAAGACAACAUAUGGAUGAAUUUCAUAGAAUAAGAGAGUUUCCAAUGGAAAUUAGAAGGUACAAUACAGUUAAUCAGAAGAUAGAAAAUGCCAAGAAAGGAUCAGGAAAAAAGAGGGGAAGAUCAAACCUUCUUCCAAAAAUCAAGCCAUGA